GGCUGGAAGAGUCAGUGACGUCACGCAGAAAGUCGUUGGUUUUACCCAGGGAUCAGCCCGGCGCUACUCAUGUGAAGAACAGGGAAGUUCUACCAGCCGUUGAAUCCUUUACUUUUACUUUAUGUUAUUGUUUGUGAGAGUUUCUGCGUUUUAUUGUUGAGUUCGAUAAUACGGUAACGCCAUGUCGUACAUUCCGGGGCAGCCCAUGACUGCUGUUGCGCAAAGAAUUGAAAUCCAGAAAUUGCGACAGGGAGAUCAUCUGAUCCUGGGCUUUAGCAUCGGUGGAGGCAUAGACCAGGAUCCUGGACAGAAUCCUUUCUCUGAGGACAAGACAGACAAAGGUAUCUAUGUGACCAGGAUAACACCAGGCGGACCAGCAGAUGUCGCUGGCUUGGUGAUGGGAGACAAAAUUCUGCAGGUGAACGGCUGGGAUAUGACUAUGGUGACCCACGACCAGGCUCGCAAAAGAUUGACAAAGAAAAAGGAGGAUGUGGUGAGACUACUGGUGACCAGAAAGUCUCUGGAGAAAGCUGUCAAACAAUCCAUGAGCCACUAACCCAAACAGUGGUGCUGCACUAUUCUGCACAAAGGACUGAACAUCGAUGUAGUGGGAUCCCACAAAUCCAGAUGACAGAGACGCUGUGGCCUUAUAACCAGGUUAAUGUGAAACUACCACAACACACCAAAGACAAAAAGUGUUAAGUCGAAAAAUUUAAAUGCUGCGCAUGUCAUUUCUCACACUCUGUCAUUGGGUAAAGGCUACUUCUUUUCACUUGAACUUCUACAACUCUACAUUCUCUAUACCCAAAUGUAACAAACAGCAAACAUACAUCAGACUUCUUUAUACCGUCACUGCUCCUUUUUUUUUUUAACAGAAUUUUAUGAAUUAAUGGUGCACUGUGUACGAUCGAGUUGUUUUGUAUGACCGUAGGUCCACAGACAACAACCUCAGCUCAUCAUUUCACCACUAGGUGCUGUCAAGUCCCACACGCUGUACCAUUAAAUAAUAUUUCCCUUUUCUACAAACAACUCAUUUUUUCAGUUAAGAGAACAACAUAUUAUUAUUUGUAAGCCUUAUAACAUUUGCUGAUUGUUUAAUCAAUGCAAGAGUUUCAAGACGCACAAUAUCAUUAGCAUUUGCCACAGAUUAUUUCAUAGUUUUUUAUCACACUUGAUAAAAAAUGUAUGUAUUACAAUAUUUUUUUAAAACAUACUGCAAUAUUUUACAAUUAUGAUCGCAUUGAUGAUGCAUUUCUGUUCCAUGUAAUUCAGUAGUUUACUGUGUCGUCUACAUGUAGAAAAGUUGAAUUCUCUUCAUUUGAAACUGCAUAUCACAGCACAGAGCAAAGGGCACUUUUUAAACAAAUGAAUCGUCAUAAAACCACCAUAAGAUAACAAACAAGUUAAAUAUAAAAAUAAAUAAACAUUUCUGCUCACACAGAAGUAACACUGUAGACACAGCAUCAUGCUACACGAACAGUGUACGAUAGAUAUAAAGAGACAACAUUCCUGCAGUGUUAAAAACCACUAAAUACAACUUUCAAAACAUUCACACAUUCUCACAAAUUGUGUUAAAAAUAUUGAUUUCAGUUAUGUUUGAUUAAGACACUUUUCUCCUUUUCAUAUUGUUUACGUUUAAAAAUAUUAUCCACCACUAACAAGGUAAAUAUUCUGAAUGUAAUGUUUGGAGAGGAGAAAAUAAUAAUAAUGUUUUUUUUAAAAGUAAUAAAAAACAAGAUUACACAAGGCUGAAAAGAAA